UCUCUUCCUUCUCUAUCUGCUCUACCAAAGCCGAAGAUUACUACUCCGUAGCAUAGUUUCAUCACUCCAUAAGAACCCAGAGUUCCAUCCACCAUACCUAAACCCCUUCAGAUUUCUUGCGAGCAAAUUCUGAUCAAUCAUACCAUAUAUCCUCUUUGCUUCGUCUUUGGAAAGAUAUAAGACAUUUCUACAAUUCUUCACCAUUGUCCAUUACCAUAUCCACUCAGACUUCGCCGGAGAAUCCACCCGACAAUUCAGAGGCGACGUUAUCUCCCCCAGGCGCGAAUUGCAGCUCUCAAUUCUUGCAGUGCCGAAGUGCAUGCAUGAGAAAUGCGUUUUUGUUUUUGUCCGUUGCGCGCGGCAGGUAACGGUCGGUUAUGGGGUGCACUGGGUCAAGAAAUGUUGUAGUAGAGUUCAGAGUUUCCGGUUAUUCCCCAUCUGGUUAAUAACGCCCGCCUCGACUGAAAAAAUAGGAGCUAUCAGCUCAUUGAUGUUAUAUCCGUUGUUUUCUAGGUCUGGCUAGUUAAAUGCAUUUUAGGAAGGGCAUUCUCCCCUGUGAUUCACCUGCUGGGAAUAUGAAAUCGUCGAGCAAGGCAAAAGAAAAGUCCCAUUCUUUAGAUCCACAAAUAAAAACAACCGAGUCCGGUAUUGAUAUUGACAUGGGGGAGGUCUAUUUUUUAAUUAUGCAUUUCUUAUCAAUGGGGCCGUGCCACAAAACUUAUGGACAGUUUUGGAAUGAACUUCUGGAAAAUCAACUUUUACCGCGAAGAUACCAUGCAUGGUAUUCAAGGAGUGGCAAACAGAGUGGGGAUGAAAAUGAUGAUGGGAUGUCCUUUCCAUUAAGCUAUAGUAAGCUGGUGGACAGAUAUCCUCAUGUUGAAAAGGAUCACUUAGUGAAGCUUUUGAAGCAACUGCUGUUGAGUGCAUCAGUUCCUUCAUGUGAUUCAGUUGGUGGGAACACUAUCAAUGCUACAACUGUUCCAACGCUCUUGGGAACCCAUGCCUUUUCACUGCUGAGCAGUGAUCAAAAUAAGAUGAAUGAUGAUAGGGCACACCCUCCACGCCACCUACGUUGGCCACACAUGCAAGCAGAUCAAGUGCGUGGACUAGCUUUGAGAGAAAUUGGCGGUGGCUUUGCUAGACACCACCGUGCACCAUCUAACCGUGCUGCAUGUUAUGCCAUUGCAAAACCAUCUACGAUGGUGCAGAAGAUGGAAAAUAUUAAAAAGGUCCGAGGACACCGUAAUGCUGUUUAUUGUGCAAUUUUUGAUCGAUCUGGGAGAUAUGUUAUCACUGGUUCAGAUGAUCGUCUUGUAAAAAUCUGGUCAAUGGAAACUGCAUAUUGCUUGGCCAGCUGCCGAGGACAUGAAGGUGACAUUACAGACCUGGCUGUCAACUUCAACAACACUUUGGUGGCAUCUGCUUCAAAUGACUAUAUCAUCCGAGUUUGGCGCUUACCUGACGGGUUGCCUAUUUCUGUGUUGCGGGGGCAUUCUGCAGCUGUGACUGCUAUUGCAUUUAGUCCAAGACAUGGUUCUGUGUAUCAGCUCUUAUCGUCAUCUGAUGAUGGAACAUGCCGAAUUUGGGAUGCUAGGCAUUCUCAGUUUAGUCCACGGCUGUAUGUUCCAAAACCCCCAGAAUUAGUUGCUGGAUCAAGCACUCUUUUACAAAGCCAUCAGAUCUUCUGCUGUGCAUUCAAUGCCAGUGGAACCUUUUUUGUUACUGGAAGUUCAGACUCUCUUGCACGGGUUUGGAAUGCAUGUAAAUCCAAUGCAGAUGACUCAGAAAAUCCUAAUUAUGAGAUAGAUGUAUUAGCGGGGCAUGAGAACGAUGUAAAUUAUGUGCAAUUCAGUGGCUCUUCUUUGAUAUCGAGGUAUUCAGUCUCCGACUCUUCAAAGGAAGAAAAUAUUCCAAAAUUCAAAAACUCAUGGUUUACUCAUGACAACAUUGUCACAUGCUCUCGUGAUGGCAGUGCAAUUAUAUGGAUGCUUCGACUUCGUAGAUCACAUGGAAAGAGUGGACGCUGGCAGAAAGCAUAUCAUCUGAAAGUCCCACCACCACCAAUGCCACCACAGCCUCCUAGAGGAGGUCCACGCCAAAGAAUUCUUCCAACUCCCCGUGGUGUUAAUAUGAUCGUGUGGAGCUUGGAUAAUCGUUUUGUUCUGGCUGCUAUCAUGGAUUGCAGAAUAUGUGUCUGGAAUGCAGUUGAUGGAAGUUUAGUGCAUUCUUUGACGGGUCAUACUGCAUCUGCCUAUGUUCUAGAUGUUCAUCCUUUUAAUCCUCGAAUUGCAAUGAGUGCUGGAUAUGAUGGCAAAACAAUAGUAUGGGAUAUAUGGGAAGGUGCACCAAUUCGAACAUACGAUAUAGGGAGAUUCAAGCUUGUUGAUGGAAAGUUUUCCCCUGAUGGAACAUCAAUUAUACUUUCUGAUGAUGUUGGGCAAUUAUACAUUUUGAACACGGGAGAAGGAGAGUCCCAGAAAGAUGCUAAAUAUGACCAGUUCUUUCUUGGUGACUAUCGCCCUCUUGUUCAAGAUACCAUCGGAAAUGUCCUGGAUCAGGAAACUCAACUUUCUCCAUACCGGAGGAACAUGCAAGAUCUCCUUUGCGACUCAGCCAUGAUCCCAUAUCCCGAUCCUUACCAGAGCCUGUACCAAAAGAGGAGGUUAGGAUCAUUGGGCAUUGAAUGGCGCCCACCGUCUUUUAGAUUUGCGGUUGGUCCUGAUUUUAGCCUGGACCAAGAUUACCCAAUGCUUCCCAUUGCGGACUUAGAAAUGUUGAUUGAACCACUACCUGGGAUUAUUGAGGCAAUGGAUUGGGAACCUGCAAUUGAGAAUCUAAGCGAGGAUGCAGAUUCAGAGUAUAAUGUUACUGAGGACUACUAUACUUCUGGAGGGGAGCAAAGAAGUUCCAGUUCCAAUGAUUCAGGCGAUCCAACAAGCAGUGACGGAGACAGUGAUGAAGAAGAUGUACAGCGAGACAGCCUUCGUAGAUCAAAAAGAAAAAAACAUAAAGGGGAGGCUGAGGUCAUGACUUCAUCUGGAAGGCGUGUGAAGAGGAAGAACUUGGAUGAGUAUGAUGGCAGUUUGCAUAGGAACAACCAUGGCAGAAAAUCUAGAAACGCUCGGAAAACAUCAAAGAAGAAGUCUUCAAAAUCUUUGAUGAGACCAAGGAGAGCCGCUGCACGCAAUGCCCUUCAUUUGUUUUCUCGAAUCACAGGAGCGUCCAUGGAAAGAGAAGAUGAGGAUUUCUCCGGAGGCAAUUCAUCCGGAAGUAAGUCUUCAUUGCAGGAUUCAUAUACUGAAAGCGAGUCAGAAAAUUCAUUUCCCGAUGCACAUCAUCACGGGCAUUCAAAGGGGAAAGAAGUAUGUCUGGAUCAAUCUGAGGAUAUCGGUAAAUCUCAUUUGAGUAACGGAAACAAAAGGAGAUUGGUCCUCAGAUUUUUGAAUCGAGAUUCAAGUAGAGUUGCACUCCCUGCUAUGUUGGAACCAGCUGGUCCAUCAUUUACACCUUCUAAAGAGACUGACGAUGCAAAUGAACGAAAAACUCAGGCUAACUCAACCCGGGUUACAGAUAAUGAUGAUGUAACAGGAACAAGUGAGGUAGGACCUCCAGUGUGGUCACAUCAUUCCUAUCUUCUUGACGAGUGUAACGGUGGGACUAUGAGAUGGGGAGGUGUUAGAUCUCGUACGUACAAACAUUCAAGGACAGCAGAUCUGCCACCACCUUCAGAUCCAUAUGCUGGAAAUUCAAGGACAGAAGAUCUAAUUGAUGAGAAUUCUGCAAUGGAAAAGGAUUGUGGAAGAAUUUAUCCUUUGUCUCUUACUGGUAUUGAAGAUUGCAAGAAUCCUGAAGAAAUUCCAUCAUGCUCUCAUGAAGUAGCUGAUAAUGACCAUUCACUUGAAGAAAGAGAUACAGUCAUUCCUACCAGGCUGAGGAUAAGGUCAAAGCCUCCUCUCUGCACUAACCUUGAAAUUAAUGAAACAAUGGAGAAAUCUGCAUUAGAGAAUUUAGGGCUGAGUACAUCUGUCCCUGAAGAGACUGGGAAGAUAUUAAGUUCAGACGUACAGUGUAAUGAUAAACAGGCAGGGCCAGAUACUGAUGGUGGUGGAGCUGCUAGACAUGCUGUUCGGGAGGAUUCAAAGCAGUUGCAGUCAGAGGAUAGGAUGUUCCGUGCUGUCUAUAGGAGGUCAAGAUUUGGCAGGGGAAGUAGAAGUAACAACCUAGGAUGUGUUGUUGUUGGAAGUAUGGAAGCCAGUACAUCAACAGCACACAACCUCUUUACUGCCGAAGGAAGUGAUGAUAAUAAAAAUAAUGGUGAAAAUAAUAAUAAUAAUAAUAAUAAUAAUAAUAAUAAUAAUAGUACAGGUAAUAGGGUCCGCAGAGCAAGAUCUAACAUGUUGAGGUCCACAAGCAAUGCUGUAAACCUCAGAUUUAGCAAACCCGGUGAUUACUCAGUACCCCUAUCAAUAGAUUUAUGUGGUAAUAAUAGAGGACAUGAUGAAGCACGAUCUGACAAUAAUUCAAAAACUGUUGUUGGAGUGAGAUCCGCACGGGUAAGGAGAACCAGUUUUUACAUGCGCGAACCAAGCCCACCCCCAGAUAGAAGGAGGUCAAACCCAUCAGCAAAAAGAUCGUGGUUGACAUUAGUAGCACAGGAGGAGCACCGAUAUAUCCCCCAGCUUGGGGAUGAAGUCGUUUAUCUUAGACAGGGCCAUGAGGAGUACAUAAGUGAAUGUGACCUAAGAGAUUCAGGCCCCUGGGAAACAAUCACAGGGAAUAUAAGUGCAGUUGAAUUUUGCAGGGUUGAGGAGCUUGAGUAUGCUUCCCGUCCAGGAUCAGGAGAGAGUUGCUCUAAAAUGAAACUUAAAUUCAUUGAUCCUAAAUCCGCAGUGGCAGGUAAACAAUUUCAGCUAACACUACCUGAAGUGACUGGUUUCCCUGACUUUCUUGUGGAGCGAAGUAAAUAUGAUGCGGCUAUGGAAAGGAAGUGGACUUCCAGGGAUAAAUGUCGUGUCUGGUGGAAAAAUGAGGGCGAUGAAGAUGGGGAUUGGUGGGAAGGUAGGAUUGUUAACGUGCAAGCUAAAUCCCUUGAGUAUCCGGAAAGUCCUUGGGAAAGGUACAUUGUCAGAUACAAGAAGGGUGAUCCCUCUGAACAACAUCGGCAUAGUCCUUGGGAACUGUUUGACUCUGAUACCGAGCGGAAACAGCCUCAGAUAGAUGAGAAGAUCAUAGCCAGGCUGUUGGACACCAUGGACAAACUGGAACGAACCGGAAACAAAGUUCAGGACAAUUAUGGGGUACAGAAAUUGAAACAAGUUUCUCAUAGGUCCCAAUUCAUCAACAGGUUUCCAGCGCCACUGACUCUUGAAAUAAUCCAUUCCCGACUAAAGAACAACUACUACCGACGUGUAGAGGCGGUGAAGCACGAUGUGGAAGUGAUGCUCUCGAAUGCUGAAUCUUACUUUGGAAGAAGCGUCGAGCUUUCCAAGAAAGUCAGACAACUCUCUAACUUUCUCACCAAAACACUUUCGUCUUUGUAGCAGCCUACCUACGUCGGUGGAUUCAAUUUUGUAGGAAAGCGUAUGCUUGUGAUUUUUAAAAAGCAAGGGUGGGGCGGGG